GCCGCCGCCGCCGCCGCCGCCGCCGCCGCCGCCGCCGCCGUUGCAGCCGGAGCAUCCGGGAGCCGCCGCCGCUAUUGCCACUAGCGCUGCUUCCACCGCUGCCUCCUCUCCUCCUAAGACCCCGAGACACCGGCGCUGGAGCGGCGGCUGCUGCUUGCAUACUCCCCCUAUCCUUCCCGCCCCUCCCCUCGGUGACCUACCCACUCCUUGCAGCCCUCGCUGCACCUUCUCCGACACCCCAGCAUCCCUGCACCACCUGCUCGGGCACCUCCUCCGGGCUCUAGGACUUGCUGUGCGCGCCGAUAUAAGGGCAAGCCCCGAACCCGUGCCUGGUAGACAGGCUGUCUCGGCUGCACCACCAGCAGGAGGAGAAGAAGAAACUAUUUCGUCCACCGGCACCCCGUUCUGCGGGUGCUUCGCCGCUGCCGCUUCUGCUGCCGCCGCUUGGCGUCCGCGGGUUCGAACACCGCAGCGGCGCGGCGGGUGGGUCCGGCGGGCGCCUAGAGGAGGACACCCGCGGAGCCCUGCACUCUUGCGCCGCGUUCACCAGCAUCUCCUAACCCCUUCGUUACUCCCCGAGCCUUUUGAGAAGGGACCAUGAUUUGGAAACGCAGUGCUGUUCUCCGCUUCUACAGUGUCUGCGGGCUCCUGCUACAAGCGGCUGCUUCCAAGAAUAAAAUGAAAGGCAGCCAAGGGCAGUUUCCACUAACACAGAAUGUAACGGUUGUUGAAGGCGGAACUGCAAUUUUGACCUGCAGAGUUGAUCAAAAUGAUAACACCUCCCUCCAGUGGUCAAAUCCAGCUCAACAGACUCUGUACUUUGAUGACAAGAAAGCUUUAAGGGAUAAUAGGAUCGAAUUGGUUCGCGCUUCCUGGCAUGAAUUGAGUAUCAGCGUCAGUGAUGUGUCUCUCUCUGAUGAAGGACAGUACACCUGUUCUUUAUUUACCAUGCCUGUCAAAACCUCCAAGGCCUAUCUCACUGUUCUAGGAGUUCCUGAGAAGCCUCAAAUCAGUGGAUUUUCAUCACCAGUUAUGGAAGGAGACUUGAUGCAACUGACUUGUAAAACAUCUGGCAGUAAACCUGCAGCUGAUAUAAGAUGGUUUAAAAAUGACAAAGAGAUUAAAGAUGUAAAAUAUUUAAAGGAAGAAGAUGCAAAUCGCAAGACUUUCACAGUCAGCAGCACACUAGACUUCCGAGUGGACCGGAGCGAUGACGGAGUGGCCAUUGUCUGCAGAGUAGACCAUGAAUCCCUCAAUGCCACCCCUCAGGUAGCGAUGCAGGUGCUAGAAAUACACUAUACACCAUCAGUCAAGAUUAUACCAUCCACUCCUUUUCCACAAGAAGGACAGCCUUUAAUUUUGACUUGUGAAUCCAAAGGAAAACCACUGCCAGAACCUGUUUUGUGGACAAAGGAUGGAGGAGAAUUACCAGAUCCUGACCGAAUGGUUGUGAGUGGUAGGGAGUUAAACAUUCUUUUCUUGAACAAAACGGAUAAUGGUACAUACCGAUGUGAAGCCACAAACACCAUUGGCCAAAGCAGCGCGGAAUAUGUUCUCAUUGUACAUGAUCCCAAUGCUCUGGCUGGCCAGACUGGCCCUGACCAUGCUCUUAUAGGAGGAAUAGUGGCUGUAGUUGUAUUUGUUACGCUGUGUUCUAUAUUCCUGCUUGGUCGAUAUCUGGCAAGACAUAAAGGAACAUAUUUAACAAAUGAAGCUAAAGGAGCAGAAGAUGCACCAGAUGCUGACACAGCCAUUAUCAAUGCUGAAGGCAGCCAAGUCAAUGCUGAAGAGAAAAAAGAAUAUUUCAUUUAA